CUCUCUCUUUCUCUUCUAUGCAUGUGUUUGCUGCUUGUGUGUUGCAUGUUUCUGUGUGUUUCUCAGUGAACUGCGGAAGUGAAAUGAAUAUGAGAUAGAUAGAUUGAUAGAUCUGACUGAUACGAUUACACACCAAAAUCGUGGUCAAAAUUUGAGCUUUAAGCGGCCAUGCACUUGAAUUAUUCCAACUUAGAAUUGGAUUUGGAGAUUUCAAGAUCUACCAGUGCUACCAAGACAUUGUGACGGGGUAAGGUUGUUUGGAGAAGUUUGGAAAGCUGGUGAAAUGGAGGACGGUGAGUCCCUUGUGAGAAGAUGGGAGGACCUAGAUACUGACAUAUUGGUGAAGAUCUUUCAGUCUUUUGACAUCUAUCAGUUAACUUCGGGCAUUGCGCACGUCUGUAGUGCAUGGCGCUUGGCUUGCUGUGAUCCUCUGCUUUGGAAAACGCUUGAUUUGUCAAUGAUGAAAUCUAACUACAUCAAAAUCCCAUUAGAACCUUAUGUUUAUGUGGAUGGACGGUCUGAUAAGAAAUUGACUCAUGUUUUGAAGACUUCCUUGAAUCUCAGCCGGGGAAACUUGAUGACUUUGAUUUUCCAUUUCAACUUGUAUGUGAGUGAUGAUCUGUUGACUUAUACUGCUGAAAGGUGUCCACGGCUGAAGAGACUAGUGAUGCCAGCUUGGAACAGAAUUAAAAAAACUGGAAUCUGCAAGGCCAUUCGAUGCUGGAAAGACCUUGAAUCUCUGACAAUGCCUAGCAUAGCGAAUCCCCCAUACCUUAUGGAGGAGAUUGCCAAGAACUGCAAAAAUUUCAAUGAACUAAAGAUCAUGGGGCCUUGCGACAUCUUCUUUGCUUCGACUCUAGUUGCGUAUCUUCCAAAACUGAAGGUUUUAAGCCUCCGGUGCUCAAUGCUCUUAAAGGACGCGUUAAUCAUUAUCUUGGAUGGCCUACAACACCUAGAAGUUCUCAAUAUCUCACAUUGCCUUGUAAUCGAUACCGCUCCACCUCGUGCACCCAGGAGACUUCUUAAAGAACUCGAUCCAGUUAUUCUCAAGAAGGCGUCUCGUUUACGGAUGUUCUUAACUUGCAUGCAAGACUCGUGCAUCAUGUGCCAAAGGACCAAAAACGACGAGGGACUCAUGAGGUGGUAUAAGUAUGAAAAAGGGCUAUGGCUAGAAGAUGAGGUGCGGUCCCUUGCUUAUUGAUGAUGAGAGCAAGGGAAUGAGACUCUAAUUGUAUUUGUGGGUUAGAAGCUAAUAUAGCUCGCUUAUGUAGUCUCAAAGCUCCAUCUCCUCUUCUUCGUUAAAACAUAAAUAAAACUGCCUGAUGAAGAGAGGUGUUUCUAAAUAACAUAUGUUUCAGUACU